GAGAUAUGACGCCACCAAGGACGAUCUGUAUCUAAAGUCGGGAAUUCCGAACAACCCUCUUCUCCUAUCUAGCCACACGCCUGGAAAAGAGGUUCAAAACUGAAAACGAAAGACGAAUGCCCGCCCGGCUAGACCCUGCAGGCCAUCAUCGACACCCUAGCCUAAGUCCACCACCUGAAAAUGUGGAAUAUAUUCCUUUAGAAGAGCAACUCGAUUGAAAAUACCAGCGAAAUUUGCCCAAGAUUGCGAGAUUGGAGACAUGUCUAGUCCGGAAGAUACUGACGACAUCAACGAUAAUAAUAAUGUCGACCCGGUUACUCGUUGGAUGAUGCAAGGGAAUCCUUGGCCUAAGGAAUAUUUCGAACAAGAAAACGCAUUGAAUCUACUUCUCGAGAGCAACUCAUCAUCGUCUUCACUCGACACGAAGUCAGAGACGACUGACGGAUUGAUAAGAAAAGGCAAGACUACCGCUGCUAGAAGUCGGUUAUAUGAGAUGACCCUUGAACAAGUGGGCAUACACAUGACUGGUGGACCCGGGGUCACUUCUUCUUGCCAAGAUCUCUGCAGGUCUCUGCUUGAGACAGAACAGCCUCUUCCUCCUGAUUCUCUAUUUCGAGAGGAUCGAUUCCGCAAGACUUGCGAGAGGCUUCAUAACGAAAACGAGGCAAAAAUCAUCCGAGAUAUUUCCCCGCUCCUUGUUCCUUCUGUAGAAGUCCUAUGUGCUUACGGCGCAGAGUAUCUGGAACCUAUGGUAGAUCACCUAAACCAGAGGUGGUAUGGGUGUGAGCCCAUCGUACCAGGACCUGUACCCCAGCCCGAUUAUUCCGCUGGAUGCAAAAGGGCCAUUUUCACCCAGAGUCAAUUUCGGAAGCUGGAACCUUUCAUCCAAGGGUGGAAACAUACACCUUUUCUGGCUACUCCCUGGAUGUAUUUUCCGUACCUUACGAUGGAAGUAUGUCGGGAGCUGCUCGUCGCUGAUCGACAAAAUGCUCAUAGCGCUAGCAUUGCUGUCAAACAAGUGGUUGAUUUGUACCGUCAGGUUUCUCGACAGCAUGAACUCAAUCAAAAGAUACUAGCGUUUUCGAUCUCGCAUGACGACGAAUCCGUAAGAAUCUAUGGUCACUAUCCCAUCAUCGACGGAGAUCAGACUAGUAUCUACCGUCACAUUAUCAAAAGGUUUGACAUGACCGACGAUGACGGUAAAGAGAGGUGGACGACUUAUAGAUUCACAAGGAAUGUUUACGAUAUCUUUGGUCCAAUACACAUUGAAAGACUCCGGUCAGCUGUUGAGCAACUGCCUGAUCCGCUAUCUGAUCAACAUUAGUUACAGUAUACGAAUACCGUACUUAUAUGCUAGGCGGACGAAAAAGGGCAUCAAUUAAAUAUAUUCUACUCCCAGGACUUGCUACAAUCGAAUUUUCAUCCCAGA